AUGUUUAACGAAGAGGUUGCUGCAAACUUUGAAAGAGAGGAAAUAGACGGGACUACAUUGCAAUCGGAAAGAAUUAAGACGGAUGAAUCUAUGAACAGUUUAGGUCUAACCACAAUAGGAAAGAAAAACAAGUUUGCCGUGGCAGUCCAAACCCUUUUCGGUAAAUAUUUCUGAGAGAAAAAAUUAUUAUAUAUUUCCAUGUGUCUUUGUGUUGAUGAAGCACCCAGUGCCCAUUGUCCCGUUUAGUGCCAGAUUAUUCUAACUUGUUAUUUAAGUACUCUAAAGAGAAGUGGUUGUUAAUAUAUAGAAAAAGUACUUGAGCUUGUGUAUAUCAACACUGAACUAAAACGGUCUGUGUAUUGAGGAUGUAAUAGCUACUGAUUUUGUGCUGUAUAUUUUCCAGGAAAAGCUCUCAUGGAGCCACACCGGACUUCAAGCAAGAGAUCUAGAUUGGAGCCUCUUACAUGCUAUGACGAGAUUGACAGAAUUUUGACGAAUUAUCCUCAAUGGAUCGUAGCAUCUACAAUACUAAGUAAGUAAUAUAUAGCUACUUUUGACUACAGCCAAGUACCAGUGACUUUUUAUUUUCAGUACAAAUAAACUUGAGCCUCCCCUCCACCAGCCAUUAUUUACAAAUUCACAACUUCCGCACUCAUGUUUCUCCCUUCAUGUGUCCAUGAAAAUCAUGUUUGGUCAAACCCUUGGUCUGCACACUGUAUUUAUGUUACAAUGUGGUUUCUUACUUAAAACAAAAAUGCUCAAGUUUUGAUGGAUUGUUGACUUUUAAUACUCAGGAAGAAGAGGAUCAUUGCAUUCACCAAAACAGUAUGGCCUGAGGAUGAACCAGCACCCUGGUUUAGAGGGAACACAGAAAGUACUAAAAAGCUCUUGGAAAUAG